AUGCACCGCUUAAGGACUACGGUUGUUAGGCUAGGGCCUAUCACGGCCACCCAGACAGCCAAGAGCCAAUCACAAGCCAGGUCGGCGGCAGUGGGAGGGGCUUUGAGGACGUUUCAGCCAAUAAGGAGUUACACUGCGUCAGUGUCGGCCGAGCCUUUUCUGAAUGGGACCAGUUCUAAUUAUGUGGAAGAGAUGUACUACGCAUGGCUGAAGAACCCUAGGAGUGUACACAAGGUAGGAGUGUGUGUGUGUGUGUGUGUGUGUGUGUGUGUGUGUGUGUGUGUGUGUGUGUGUGUGUGUGUGUGUGUGUGUGUGAGAGAGUGUGUGUGUGCGCGUGGAGCUGCUUCCCAGUACUAUGGGUUCUUUAUGUUCAGAACGCAGUGGGACAAGAAUUAUGCAAACACCUGCACAAUCAAUAACCUUUGGUCAGGGCAAACACACAUGGGCGCAUACCAGUGGAGGAUCCUCAGAGGAGGAAGGGGAGGACCGUCCUCCUCAGUGAAUUUCAUAAAAAUUGAAAUUGAAAAACAUUAAAAAGGUUAUCCUUUUUAGAUAAAACUAUACUAAAUAUAUUCACAUUUCACCAAAUAAUUUAUUAAAACACACUGUUUUGCAAUGAAGGUCUACAGUAGCCUCAACAGCACUAUGUAGGGUAGCACCAUGGUGUAGCCGGAGGACAGCUAGCUUCCGUCCUCCGCUUGGUACAUUGACUUCAAUACAAAACCUAGGAGGCUCUUGGUUCUCACCCCCUUCCAUAGACUUACACAGUAAUUAUGACAACUUCCGGAGGACGUCCUCCAACCUAUCAGAGCUCUUGCAGCAUGAAUUGACAUGUUGUCCACCCAAUCAAAGGAUCAGAGAAUGAAUUUAGUACUGAAUGCAUAAGCCACAGCUAGCUAGCACUGCAGUGCAUAUAAUGUGGUGAGUAGUUGACUCAAAGAGAGAGAAAGACAAUAGUUGAACAGUUUUCAACAAAUUAAUUUCUUCAAAAAUGAAGGAGAAGCAAGUUUCACUUACUUAGCUAGCAAAUGCAGCUGGCUAGUUUAGCCUACUCAAACACUUAGCUAUGACUAUCCAACACAACACUGGAACUCUUCCAAGUCAAGGUAAGCUUUUGGUUUUAUUAAUUUAUUGCCACCGGGUCCCACUGGUGUAACUGCUUCGUGACUGUGCGCUGUUACGUUACUGCAUGAUUGUAGAAGGUUUACUAAUGCAUUAGUUCUAUUAGCUAUGUUGACUAGGACGUUACUUUAGCUAAUAUGGAGACAAUGAUGUAGGCUGUGUGUAGCGAUUAUGACAUGGUUUGGCUUGGAAAGGUUUUUUCGCCUGGUCACAUACAGCUGAUGUGUUGUACAUUGAAGUCCACAAAGGAAGGGAAAAGGUGAGAGGAGGAGAGUGCAUAGAGGCUAGAAGGAAUACAACGUGGUGUUUACGCGUGAUCAGGGGUGUAUUCAUUCUGCCGAUUCUGUUGAAAAACGUUUCUUAAACGGAAGCAAAUGAAACGGGGAUAAAAAUAACUGAAUUUGUCCAAUAGAAACUCUCGUUUGCAACUGUUGGACUAAUGAUUACACCCUAGAUCAGCUAGAUGCGGGCAAGAGUGUGCAAGGCGAUAUUGAAUGUGUCACUGUCUGUCCAUGUGUCACUGUCUGUCACGUCAAAUGUUUCUCUCGACCUGUGUGCUCCUACGUUGUAAACGUUCAUUCAUAGGCUAGGUUGUAGCAACCUCGUGAUGGGUAUAGGGAAAAUUUGAGUAUCAUGUAGUAGCCUAAACCUAUCGCUGUUACAUUGAACUGGGUGAAUGGAAUAUAAAUGACAGUCAUCCAAUAUGCUGUAAUAGAAAUAAGGCCAUGCUCAUGAAAAAAAAUGGCACUGACUGCCACUAGUGAUGCGCGGGUUGACUCAUAACCCACAGAACCUGCAGUUAUAUCCGCGGGCCGAGCAGGUUUAGGGUCAUGAAAUAUUGUGUGGAUGGAGGGCUGGUGGGUGGCGGGCGGUUUGAAUAAAGAGAAAACAGUGCAUUAAAAAUCCAUAAAUGUAUCAUUCUUGUGCAAGUUAUAUCUAUAGGCUACAUUGAGGUUUUUCUUUCAUUAUUUUUAUCUGCCGUUGUUGCGUAAGCCUAAGCUUUAGGGCCUAACUGUACGCUCGCCAAAUACACAGCAAUUGUCGAAUGCUUUUGGGAGCUUGGACAGAAAAAGUCAACUUCGAUCCACUGAGGCAAAAAGGACAAUGUCGGAGUUUAAUUCCAUAAGAGAAAAUCUGCAAAAUGGAGAGUUGAAAAUAAAGAGAAGGGAGGGCCAGAACAGUUGCCUGUUUGGGAAAGAUGUUAUAUGUGGUGAUUGUUCGGCGCUAUACAAGUUUGAGUCACAAGACGGGGUCUUCAAAUAUGUGACCGACCGGCUCGAUUUGAUCUUAUGUAGCAAAAUUUGAAAUUGUGUUUUUUACAUUGGAUAAAAGUAGAGACUCAGUGCUAGAAAAUUGUAUAUCAUACGCUACAGUUGAGGAACAAUGGGAAAGUAAUUCUGCUUUGAAAGUUGAUAAACUUGUAACCCCACUUUUGAGAAAAUGGCCCUUUAAUGUUUUGGGACACCUACUGGAGAGCUCUUCUUUGUCUACACCCUAUUCAGCAUCGUUCACACACUCUUAAACCUUAUUCCCACCCAUCUCUUUAAGGAUUCACAUUUGAGGCCAUGUGCUAUACAGAGUGAGUACGGUAGUGUACUAAAUAAAUAAUGACCAUAUCAUAUAGCUGACAACAUCUUAACUUUAGCUCAUUUGUAUUUGUUAUUACAGGAAAAUAAACUCACAACAAGAUCAUUAUUUACAAGUUAAUGGCGAGCUAAUUACAGAAAAUAGCUAAUGGUUGUGAGUGUGAUGAAAUAAAAGCAGGGCGUUCUACCAGAGAAUUUUUUAACUUGGACACUGUCUCGUUGGCCUAGCGUUAUAUCCUGAUUUGACUUUGGUGCUGGUCAUGUUUGUCUUCACAUUACCGUCUCUGGUAAACACACACUAUAUCAAAUAAAAGCAAAGUUUAUUUGUCACAUGCACAGGAUACAGAAAGUGUAAACGGUACAGUAAAAUGGUUACUUGCAUAGUGGAGACUUUUGUUUAGACAUGUAGCUAGCUAGCUAAACAAUGAACCAUAAUCCUAACUCAUAACAUUACUACCCUGCAUGAAUCUGCUGGUAGCUAAAGCUAACCAACUAGCUAAGUUCAAUGUUAGCUAGAUAGCUAACAUUAGGCUAUAACUAGCUAUGUAAAUGCUAGCUAGCUAACAGUACAAUGAAAAUGACUUUCUGACAAAAUUAGAAAAGUAUCAUAUCUGAAAAUGUAGCUAGCUAGACUAUCUUACCCGUAUACAUGUAUGAACACUUCUCCCUCUCUGUCACAGAUGCCAUGGUUGCAUUUAGUUUGAAGAUGUAAUCCGGAGACAGGUGUUUUAUACAACAGCCUUCUGUGUGUUUUCUUUUAGACUCCCUCUGCAUAUUUGCAAUCAAACGCCAGAAUUUCUCAAUUUCCUUAGCUAUCAUACUCUGCUUCCACCAGGCAUUCCACUGAUUUCAAAACUCGGUCCUCCAGAAAGUGGAGAGCAUUAGCAACACUUAUGCAGUUCUUUGUGAUAUCUUUCAAAACAGCCGUGUUAGAAAGGAUUACCUACACAUACUGAGUAGCUCAUGCUAUAGACAGAAGCGAGCUACAUGGCAGACCAAUCCAAACUCAUCUCUCGGCAUGUCCAGCCCAUCCAUUAUCUCAGCCAAUCAUGGCUAGCGGGAAGGUUCCUGUCUUUUUCCAUGGCUAAACCAAUUAGGCUCGUAAUUUAACAAUUUUAUUCGUAUUUACAGAUGUCAUACAAGUUUGUUAUUAAGGCACAUAAAAGUUAACAUGUUCCGGAAGACAUUUCUGCCCAAAAACACAUUUUGUGUCUUAACAUUUUUUUUUACAUUCAAAUGCCCCACCUGUAGAGUAGUGAUGCGCGACAUAUGCCUAGUUUCCUGAAACAAGUACAUAUGGCACGUCAAGGGAACUGUACUGUUCAGAUGGGUUAAAUGGAAUAGUACUGAAAUCUGGACACUGAAUGUAGGUCUAUAACCUCUCACAUAGCCUAAAAUAAUAUUAACUCCUGCAUAAUUAAGCAAUUCUUGCAGUAAAAUGAUACACCAAAUGUACAGGAGGGGAGAAAUAUGAUUUCUUUCUUUCAGCAUCUUGAGAGAAUGAAUGCGCGGUUAGGGACCGCCUUUAAAUGUUGUAUCUUUAUCAGCAUCAUAAACGCUGAUAGUAUUUCAACCACAUAAAAUAUGCAUCCAAGCCGAACUGAAUGACAUGUUGGGUCAUUUUCAUAGCUUUUAAUUCCCUUAACCCACAAGUCUAAGCCCUGUCCAAGCCAGAGGAGGGGUUCUACUAAGCUAUAUGGAAUUGUUUUAAGAAGGUCAUAUCAAGGAUUAUUUUGCUUAUUUGAUUUUGAAUUUUAAGACCCCUUGAAGUAUCAAAAAAUAGAUAAAAUAAAUUAUUUGAUGAAAAAUUAUUUCUGGUCUUAGCCCAUACAUGCUAUUAGCCCAUACAAACGCAUUGAAUAACAGAGUCACUACAUGGAACAACAGAUAGUCCCCCAAAAAAUCUAAAUGAAGUUUGUUUUGAAGUGUCUGUCCUACUGUGCCUUGCAAAAGUAUUCAUCCCCCUUGGAGUUUUUCCUAUUUUGUUGCAUUUCAACCUGUAAUUUAAAGGGAUUUUUGUUUGGAUUUCAUGAGAUGGACAUACAAAAUAGUCUGCAACACUACUAAGCAAGGGGCACCACCAAGCAAGCGGCACUGUGAAGACCAAGGAGCUCUCCAAACAGGUCAGAGGCAAAGUUGUGGAGAAGUACAGAUCAGGGUUGGGUUAUAAAAAAAUAUAUGAAACUUUGAACAUCCCACGGAGCACCAUUAAAUCCAUUAUAAAAAAAUGGAAAGAAUAUGGGCAGAAAAAAGCCAUUGCUUAAAGAAAAAAAUAAGCAAACAGGUUUGGUGUUCGCCAAAAGGCAUGUGGGAGACUCCCCAAACAUAUGGAAGAAGGUACUCUGGUCAGAUGAGACUAAAAUUGAGCUUCCCCAGGGUGCAGGGUGGUGGCAGUAUCAUGCAUUUUAUUUUAUUUUUUAGCAGACGCUCUUAUCCAGAGCGACUUACAGUUAGUGAGUGCAUACAUUUUUCUUUUCAUACUGGUCCCCCGUGGGAAUCGAACCCACAACCCUGGCGUUGCAAGCGCCAUGCUCUACCAACUGAGCUACACGGGACUUAAAUUCUUGAGGGAAAACUGUUUCAGUCUUCCAGAGAUUCGAGACUGGGACGGAGGUUCACCUUCCAGCAGGACAAUGACCUUAAGCAUACUGCUAAAGCAACACUCAAGUGGUUUAAGGGGAAACAUUGAAAUGUCUUGGAAUGGCAUAGUCAAAACCCAUACCUCAAUCCAAUUGAGAAUCUGUGGUAUGACUUAAAGAUUGCUGUACACCAGCAUAACCCAUCCAACUUGAAGGAGCUGGAGCAGUUUUGCCUUGAAGAAUGGGCAAAAAUCCCAGUGGCUAGAUGUGCCAAGCUUAUAGAGACAUACCCCAAGAGACUUGCAGCUGUAAUUGCUGCAAAAGGUGGCUCUACAAAGUAUUGAGGGGUGAAUAGUUAUGCACGCUCAAGUUUUCUUUUUUUUGGUCUUAUUUCUUGUUUGUUUCACAAAUUGUUUUAUUUUGCAUCUUCAAAGUGGUAGACAUGUUGUGUAAAUCAAAUGAUACAAACCCCAAAAAUGUUUUAAUUCUAGGUUGUAAGGCAACAAAAUAGGAAAAAUGCCAAGGGGGUGAAUACUUUCGCAAGCCACUGUACCUUCAGACAAGUCUUGUGAGACCUGUGGGCGUCCUAUACAGUGGCGGCUCCUGAAAAAAUUCUCAGGAGGGGCAAUUUUUCUGAUGAUUUAGGUGACCUACACACAUUUUAAAAAAGAUAUGUCCAGCAACAACAUGAAGACAGGGGCAGCAUAUAAGUCAAUACCAGAAGCAUUUAUUGACUGAUCUGGGGAGAUGGAUUCCAGUUUCUGUGACAGAUUAUAAAUAAUCUCUGAUGCCUUUGUUAUAUUAGCUUUUGGUUGAAUGUACUGUCGUAGUAAAUAUAUAAUGUUAUAGCUUGGUCUGACUAAAAUCUUGUGCAUGACCCAUUUUGUGUUGGGCGUUUGUUUUCAAUCAAUGCUGUUCCUAUCCUAUAACAAUGGACAAAAGAGUCCUAUCUUGUCAGCCUUGUCAGCAGGUGGCCAAGGACAACACCCACGCCAUAGGUCUCUCAGUUCUUCCAACUCACGAGUUCUUGCUCUGAGGACACACACACACACACACACACAUCAUCACUGAUAACACACACACACACACACAUCAUCACUGUUAAACACACACACACACACACACACACAUAAUCACUGUUAAACACACACACACACACACACAAAAAUCCCCUCUCUUUAGGCUGAACAUUUGAAGACAGAGAACCCGACUCAGAGCCAAUGCAACAGUGGAGGGGACCUCGCCCAACUCAUCAGGACCAAUCAGAAGAUCAGAACUACUAGAUUCAACCUACAUCAUUUAUUGUAUAAAAUGUCAGCACACAAUGUUUUCGGGGCUCUCUUCAGAUAGCUCCCUAAGAGUUUGACGAACGAGUCCGUGCACGCGAUUCCAGAUAUCUUUACCUCUGAAUAAACUGCCUUUAUUAUACCAUAUCCACCCUGUCCAAAGUCUCUACUUGGUCUCAGUUCUCCAGUAAACUUGUGAUUAUCAACAGUACACAACGGUAACAAACAAUUGGGGGAACUCACGGGGCAGAUAGUAAGGUCACAGUGACACAGAAAGCAGUUCAAUGUCGGGGCUCGGGGGUACAGAGUCGCUCUCUUACCAGGAUCGAUUUUCCCUGUGACUGUCAGAUCGAGGUCCGCUCCGACCAGGGUGAAGCCGGCCGGCUCCACUUCUCUGUCCGGGACUCUGUCAUCCAGCCAAGUCUCCCAGCUGUAUUGGAUUCCGCUGCCAGCAACGUUUUCAUUAUUUAGUCCGUUCGUAGCGGGUAUGUACACGAUCAACAAGAUCAGUCCAAAACCCACCACUCGAAAUCCAUGGUUGGCAGAAUGUUUGUAAACUAAGUGUACAAAUUAAAAACAUAAAAUAACGCCACUAAGUGUACAAAUUAAAAACAUAAAAUAACGCCACACUGCAGGUCGCAAAGAGACGCUGCUAGCCGCUAUUUGCUUAGUUACGUUCAUGGUUACGUCACGUAUGACGAAAGCGCGUAAGUGCAAGCCCACAGACACCCAUAGAGAAUGUAUUGAAAGCUUUGAAAUUUGAAAAAAAUAGAUUUUACAUGACAGGCUAUGAGAGACUUCUGGGCGAUUUUCAACCUGACUGAAAUCGCCCAAAAACGGGCGGGGCCAUUUGAAGCACGACUUUAGCCUGAUUUGACAUUUAGUGGCAGUCAGAUCAGAUUACAACACUGAUAACUACUGUUGCCGUGAUAUAAUUGAUUAGAAAAAAAAUCCCUUCCUUUUCCCGUUUGGCAGUGCGUCGCCCAUAUCGCCCUAUUGAACAGGCCGUCCCUGGUCCUAUAGCAAAAACAACCGACAUGUACAUUUUUGUGAGAGUCUCACCUUUCCACAGUCUGUAGCCAAAACAAUUCGGACACUACAGACAGAAGUUGGCAGAUUGGCUGUACCAACUUCAGACUGUACCGACUUCAGUCCCAAGAUGCUUGUGGAGGUCACAGAGCAAAACGGAGAACACCAUUGAGUUCGUGAUAAUAGUAGGCCAAACCGUUCGGACGCUAUAGACGAUUUUGUGAGAAGACCGAUUUUCGGUAUGUCUCAUGGUCUGACAAAUACCACUCUAGCUCUGUCACCUUUCACCGCAGAUGCGGAAGACACAUCCAAUACAAAAAUACAGAUCUCUCUGUCUUAAACUGAUGGAUUUGUAUGGGGAUUUCUUUAUGAUGCUAAUUAGAUUUAUACUCAGUGUCAGGAGACCAGUGAGAUGUUAGAAUAGAAGGUUUCUGAUUAGGAAUAUUAGUUCAUGGCAUUGUGUCGUGUCAAUAGAAUGGACUUCUUUUUGGGAUUUGCGUGUAUUGUUUUGUAUUGUUAGGUAUUACUGCACUGUUGGAGCUAGGAACACCCGUGAUAACAUCUGUAAAAAUGUGUACUCGACCAAUAACAUUUGAUUUGAUUUAGAGGCUGAUGGUCUGUGUGUGUGUAUGUGUGUGUGUGUGUGUGUGUGUGUGUGAGAGAUAGUGUGUGUGUGCGGGGAGUUGCAAUAUUGUGUGGCCUAUAGGGGCAUACGCAGAUGCGCAUACGCAUGCAUGGACACACAAGCCCCCCCCCCCCCCCCCCCCCCACACACACACACACACACACACACACACACACACACACAUGCACAUACACAUACAUACUGUGGUAUUCCACUGACAACUGACUAAUCUCUAAAGCCUGUAAACUCAUUAGACUUCUCCCAGGUUAGAAACAGUUACACACUUCUCUGUGUGUGUGUGUGUGUGUGUGUGUGUGUGUGUGUGUGUGUGUGAGUGUGAGUGUGAGUGUCAUUGACCGCAUGGUUGACCCAGUCUUACUCAAUAUGCCAAGUCAGAGCCUGGAAGCCUCACCAGUGAACCAACUCAAUGCCUGUUUGUGUCGUCAUCAUUGAAUAGCUGUGUGUGUGCCUAUAUGUGUGUGUGUCUGUGUGUGUGCGUACUUGCCUGCAUACAUCCUAUGUGAGUGACUUUGUGUGUGACACAGCUGUUCUAACAGUUUGUUCUAGUUUAUAUAACCCAGAGCCCUGAUUAUGAAAUGGUGUGUGUUACUGCAUCCCAGGAUUUAACCAGCUAAAGAGUUCUGCCUGGCCCACUUUGGAAGCACUCUCAGAUGCCUGAUCUGAUCAACCAAUGCUUAACAUGGCUUACUGACCUAAAAACCAAGCCCUAUAAACUACUGUUCAGUAGGAGCACUACCUAUGUUCAUGUUAUUGUUCAUGUUAUGGCAAGGUAUUGAAUAAACGUGUAACUGCAUGUUAUUGUACAUCAAAAUAUUUGUAUAUUGUAGAGCAGUUUUUGGCUCAAUUACAGCGUUUUGGUCAGAUUAAAACUUGCAAAUAUUGCAAAGCCUGUUCAAAAGCACUCACUGUGACUGAUAUGGCAUGGGUCACAUCCAAAAGAGAAAUGUACUAAAUUAAUAUUAAGUGUUUGUUUUCUCCCCUUGUGCUAAAUUAGUUUAAAGGGCGACUGCACUUCCUCCUUUGGCCUCAUUUUAGAUUUGGUUCAUUAAGAAAUGCUAGCAUCCGUGACUGAAUUCAAACGUGAGUUGGUUUCGGGGUGUGGUUUGAUGUGGUUGUCUCUUGUGUAUGUUCACAGGUGGGAGAGUUAGCUAAAUUAUUUAGCCAAUUAGCUUCAGCUAGCUGGUGUGCGACGUUGGCAAAGUUGGUUUUGACUUCGUAUAGCCUAACUCUGGGGCUAGUUAGGGAAAUGAGACAACAUUUUGUAAAUAUUUUAAAUGCUUUCAAUAUUUGUAUAUGUGUAGUGGAAAAAGAAAGACAGUGAACAAAUGUGAACAAUGAUGAAGGCCAGUGAUGAAGAUGCGUCUAGUGACUUGCUAGCGCCGAGGCCCAGCGUGAUGACAAUCAUAAUUUAUAGCAUUAGUAGAAUGACAGACCAUCUGUGGGCUAUCACAGGGGUCAAACACCUUAUCUGUGGCAAUCUCAAUGAAGAGACAUUCCCACAGAAGUCCAAGGGUCACUGAAGACAGGAGAGGUGAAGACUGAUGAAACCUGAAUAGACAGAAUGUAUGUUACUGUGUGAAUUUAAUUGUCAUGUUUGGAUUGUUUCCAGAGUUCAUAAAGAGCUAUGAAUGUUGAUAUAUUUAAUUGUACUGUUACAGAGAAACUGUGUUAUUCUGUUCGUCGGACAGCGCAUAGUUCAAAGAGGAGCGACACAGGGGUGCGCCCGUAUAAUUUAGAUAAGAGUUGUGAUAAUUAGAUCCAAGAAUGUGUGCGUUGUUUUAAUGUUUUGAGCCAUGCAAAGUGAUGUUAAUUAAUGGUGAUAGGAGAUACAGGGAUUUGGCGCUCUUGGAAGAAUAAAAGCUGGGUUUAAAUGUUGAUCAUGGAGUCAUUGGUAAACCGAUCUCCUGAUAUACGCUUGUAUGUCAUAGUAGUGAGUUUUCUAUGCUGUUAAAGACUUAGGAUAUUUUGGAUUAUUUUCAUCGUGAUGAUUUCUGGUAUGUACCAUUUGUUAAUUGUAUUCUUACUUCAUAGCUGUAAUAAAUCGGAUUAUUUAUAAAUGGAUACGAACCGUAGUCCUCACAUUUCUGAGUAAUAUUCCUUGAAUUAUUAUUUGAUGAAAUGUCCAAUGGUAAAUGUUAUUCACAAUAUACAUAGCACAUGUGCUCGGUCUCUAACUGUGCAUCUCUGAGCUAAGGGUUAACUCAACCAUUUAAUGCUAGGACAUUGAUUGCAAAAAUAUUAGCACUUAGUUCCUUAGCCUCUUAAUAAUAGCAUAACGGUAAACCUAGGCACGUGCAUCUUAGUAUUCCGAGUGGUGACGCAAUGCUCGCAACCUUGGCUAUACCCACUGGAUACGAUUCUGGACCUAUAGCCUUCGAACAAAAAUGGAGUCAGAUAGUGCAUUUCAACAAUUUGUAGUUAGUUUGAGGUUUUUAACUCAUUGAAAUUUGGAGCUAUUGAAAUGUUAACAUAUUGUCCCAUGUAUAUUGUGUAAUUUACCUAAGGUCCCUAACUAGCCCAAUAUGGAUAUCCAAAGAUGAUUUCCAAAUUGAUGAUUUCUUGUGUGCUGCCAGCUGUGGGCAUGUGGGCAGGAUUGAAACAAACCCAACCUUCAUUUAUGUUGUGAUGCGGUCACGACCACAAGUCUUACAAAACCCUGUUUUGGAUGAGACUGACCAAAAGUAUCCUAUUUACACUGUAGUCAAUUUUGACAGUAGAAUAUAUGUUUCUGACUCAUAUCAAUGCCACAUAGGCUGUUUUCUAAAUGAGAAGUCGUUUUUUAGGGGCAGUUGCUCUUUAACGUUGCUCAAUGUGGCUUGGCAACCUAAGAUCAAUAGAUAAUAUUAGGCAAUGCAGUUGCUAACUAUCUGGUACCAAAUGGUGUCUCGUAGUGGUGCUAGUUUUUAAAUGAAUUCCAAAGAGGCAAAAGUAAUUCAUAGGUUUUUACUAUGUAAUUACCAUUUUACCAUGUGAUUUAUUGGUAAAUACCUGGCAUACCUGGAUUGAUGGUUUUCUAACCAAGCCCUCUUUCUGUUCUUCUGUCUUUCUUCCCUCUCUCUCUGUCUCUCUCUCUGUCUCUCUCUCUCUCUCUGUCUCUCUCUCUGUCUCUUUGUCUCUCUGUCUCUCUCUCUCUGUCUCUGUCUCUCUGUCUCUGUCUCUCUGUCUCUUUGUCUCUCUCUCUCUCUCUCUCUCUCUCUCUCUCUCUCUCUCUCUCUCUUCUCUCUCUCUCUCUCUCUCUCUCUCUCUCUCUAUUUCUAUUUCUUUCUCUCCCUCUCUCACUCUGCAGUCGUGGGAUAUUUUCUUCCGGAAUGCCAACGCGGGGGCGCCACCAGGCGCAGCCUAUCAGAGCCCUCCUCCUCUGGGUGGUGCUGCUCUGGGAUUGGCCAACGCCCAGGCGAUGGUCGGGGUGCAACCUAACGUGGAGAAGCUAGUGGAGGACCAUCUGGCUGUACAGUCGCUUGUACGGGCAUACCAGGUACUGUACACACACACACUGACACACUGAGUGUAACACCUGUGUCUAGGAUGUUCCUCUGAACACACACACACACACACACACACACACACACACUGAGUGUCAUUGCCCUGUAUGUGUCUAGGUGCGGGGGCACCACAUAGCCAAGCUGGACCCUCUGGACAUCAGUGUGGUAGACUUUGAUGAGGCCCCAGUAAUGGUGGGCUUGAAGAAAGUUGGUGAGAAACGUGUGCCCGCCUGCCUCGCCUCGCUGCCGUGUGUGUGCCAACUCUGAUUAAGCGGCUUGUUUGUUAACCUUUCUGAUUGAUUGUCUUUCUUUCUUCUUCCUGUUCUCCCUUCGUUUAUUUGUUCUCUUUUUCUCUUUUUCCCUCCCUCUUGCUUUCUUGAUUUAUUUUGUCUUUCACCUCUUUUUGAUUUGUCUUUCCUCCCCUCUGCUCUCUUUUGCUGUUUCAUUUAUUUUGUAUCUUUUAAUUUGUUCCCUCCCUUCUCUCGAACCCGCCCCCUGCCCCCCUGUAGAUUCGGGGUCACCACGUGGCACAGCUGGACCCUCUGGGCAUCAUGGCUGCCAUCGACCCAGGCCCUCCCCCCUCUGACAUCAUCACCUCCAAUGACAAACUGGGUGAGGAGAGGAGGGGAAGGGUAAUUGAGACUGAUGGGUUUUAGGCCUUAAAUAUAGUCUGUCACCACAUAUCUAACCCUAACCCACACCCAUAUCCUCACCCUCCACAUGGUUUAACCCACCUGUCACCAGCCUGUCACCCAACUAUGCAAUUUCCUUAGCGUGUACUAUAGCAUACAUGCUGCUUCUUCUAGCAGUAUACUAAACUAUAUAUUUGUCUGUGCUAGUGUUGCAUUUGCCAUGGGUAAAUAUUACCAUCCCGCCAUUUUGUUUAAUUCAUUCUCAGUCACAUUUAGGGCACAGAGUCAGAUUGUCGUACUGUUAAACCAUGGGAUCUAGUCAUCUCUCCAGGCAUACUGUUAUCUAAUCACCCCUUCCUCCUGCCUGGGUAAUCUCUAGGGAAUGAUCUCCGACAGUACAUAUAACACACUAGUAUUCCACAGUAUUCUCUGUACGUGCUAGAGAUAAGAGAAGAUGAGGUUUGUGGCCACUUUAACCCUUUGAGGACAGAACGUUUUUAGGAACGUCAUCAUUCCCAGUGUUCUGUGCCGUAAUUCUCCAGUGGAAUUCCCCCAUUGUGGUGUCAUCAUGGAAUCUGUCAGAGAUAAGUGUAGAGAUAAGAUAAGAGAAGUGUUUCCCCACCCCCGCAACUCAUGUAGGGUUAACUGCAUAGGGGACUGGGGGUUAAAAGUUCUGACAAUGUCAUGAUGACGUUGUGGACUGGUUGUAUUGUGCCGCCUGCUAUCUUACAAGGCCUUCACAUAGAACAACACGUCAUUGUCAGCACACUAUUGUGACGUUCACACAACCAACGAAAGGGAAGGCAGUGAAAGGGUCACUGAGAGUGUGUGUGCAUGCAUGCGUGAGUGUGUGUGUGAGUGCAUAUGCAUGUGUGUGCACUGAAAGGAUUACAGAGUUAAACAAAUUGUGAUGACAUGGAAUUUACAGUUGGCCUAUUGCUAAGUGGUGUUGGGGUCAAAGAGGUCUCUUCUGCACUCUUAGAAAAAAGGGUUCCAAAGGGGUUCUUCGGCUGUCCAUAGGAGAACCCUUUUUGGUUCCAGGUAGAACUCUUUUGGGUUCCAUGUAGAACCCUCUGUGUAAAGAGUUCUACAUGGAUCUCAACAGGGUUCUACCUGGAACCGAAAAGGGUUCUUCAAAGGGUUAUCCUUUGGUUCUGUGUGUCUCAAAUGAGUAUUGUUGAGCUUCAGUAGUGUGUCUGACUAGCUGACUGACUGGCUGUCACUUUUAGCUGAUGUCAACAGGGCCCUCAACAACUUUGAGGAAUGCUAGGCUAUAUGAAGCAAUAUCCGGGUUUGUGUGUGGGUUUGAGAGACAUCUAUGGGUGUGCACCAGAAUGUGUGUGCGUGUUUGUGUGCAUGUGUGCGUCACCAACCUGUUCGUGUGUACGUUUCACUAACCCAUAUGUGUGUGUCUCUCUCUGUGUCCCCCAGACCUCUCUGGGUAUAAAGAGCGUCUGUAUGAUCUCACUGCUGAAGGUAUGGACACAGCCCCUAGACUACAAUACCCAGGAUCCUCUACUUCCUUUUUAGCUCUGCUACAGCUCCGCUGCUGCUGCGGCCUGAUUCCAAAUCGACACCAUGCCCCUGUCUCUACGUAUUUGUUGUCUAUGCCCCUAAGACUACGCUCUCAGAUGGAGAAGCAAGGGUCUAGGGAUCAGGUCACAGUAUUGGUUUGGAACUGGACCUAAGGAUUUCUCUGUAGCAUUCAGGUGAUGUUUCCCUAGUCCCACUGAUGAGUGAUGGUAGGAUAGUUCCCUAGUUCUAACUCUUCUUUUAUCUCUGGGUUGCUCUGUGGGCAGUUUAUUGUAGAAGUAGAGUUGUGUGUGUGUGUGUGUGUGUGUGUGUGUGUGUGUGUGUGUGUGUGUGUGUGUGUGUGUGUGUGUGUGUGUGUGUGUGUGUGUGUGUGUGUGUGUGUGUGUCUGUGUCUGUGUCUGUGUGUGUGUGUGUGUGUGUGUGUGUGUGUGUGUGUGUGUGUGUGUGUGUGUGUGUGUGUGUGUGUGGCAGGUAUCCUAGCGGUUAAAAGCGUUGGCCCAGUAAUCGAAAGGUUGCUGCUUCGAAUCUCCGAGCCAACUAGGUGAAAAAUCUCUUGAUGUGCCCUUGUGCAAGGCACUUAACCCUAAUUGCUCCUUUAAGUCACUCUGGAUAAGAGCGUCUUCUAAAUGACUAAAAUGGAAAUGUGUGUUCUCAGGGUCAGUGAGAGGCCUGUGUAGACAUGUCUCUCCGGCUGCCUCAACUCUUUAACUUGAUUAGAUUUCAUUAAGAGUUUAUCUGCUUGGCUGGAUUCCCCCCAGUCUCUAGUAAAACAAGUGUUAGAGAACGCUGCCCUGUUGGUUUAUGUACUCCAUCCAUAUCAGGACUGUUACUCAUACACCUACAGGGAGAUCACACACACACCUAAGAUUCCUUCUGUAAUAAAAAGCAUAUUAUAAAUGUAUUGGCUAAAAGUAUAGACUUUGACCUAUAGUCUUUCUGUUAAAGUAACUGUCCAGUAAAAAUCUAUCUUCUAAAAGUUCAUAUUCUGUUAACUCAUAACCAAAUAAUGUUGUUGACUCGUCCUAUACUCGUAUUUGUGGCCAAAGCAUAAAUAAUAAAAAUACAUUUUAUAAAAAACACCUCAAACUUGUAUCUCAAACAGACUGUUUCAAAAAUACUUGCUAUUUCCUAAUAGAACAUGAUGUCAUGUUGGCUCAUUGGCUGAGCUGGCCAAUCAACGGUCUACUCGCAUGAAUAUUUUUAAUGACGGGUAUAUGCCUACACCAUUCUGUUGUUAGGUGUACGUGGUACGCCCACACCAUUCAAACACCUAAAUGCUGCUUUUUAACAUACUUACAAUUGUUUGGAAGGAAAACUAUUUCAAUCAUAUUGUAAUUAAUUCUAGUUCAUUUUUCUUAGAAAUCUGGAAACACUGGACAGUUACUUUAACAUAACAGAAACAGCUGUUUAGAUCAUCAGUGCAGCACUGAUGCUACCGAUGCUCCUAGGUUAUACAGACUCAAGCAUAACAUAUGGCAAUGGAAACUUUCAAUAAAAAACACAUGUACAGUGCCUUCAGAAAGUAUUCACACCCCUUGACUUUUUCCACAUUUUGUUGUGUUACAAGGUGGGAUUCAAAUGGAUUUAAUUGUAAUUUUUUGUCAAUGAUUGUCAACGUCUGGGUGAAGUAGUGAAACGGAAUCAGGCGCAGGACACAGAACUGAGAAAAGUAUGGCUUUACUAAACACAAAGUAAACCAUAGCAAACCCUCCACGCAGGGAAGAGCAAAACAACAGCUCAACAGACGACGUAACAACGAACAAUCACGCACAAACCCAGGAGGGAAAACAGAGGUAAUACAGUGGGGGAAAAAAGUAUUUAGUCAGCCACCAAUUGUGCAAGUUCUCCCACUUAAAAAGAUGAGAGAGGCCUGUAAUUUUCAUCAUAGGUACACGUCAACUAUGACAGACAAAAUUAGAAAAAAAAAUCCAGAAAAUCACAUUGUAGGAUUUUUAAUGAAUUUAUUUGCAAAUUAUGGUGGAAAAUAAGUAUUUGGUCAAUAACAAAAGUUUCUCAAUACUUUGUUAUAUACCCUUUGUUGGCAAUGACACAGAUCAAAUAUUUUCUGUAAGUCUUCACAAGGUUUUCACACACUGUUGCUGGUAUUUUGGCCCAUUCCUCCAUGCAGAUCUCCUCUAGAGCAGUGAUGUUUUGGGGCUGUCGCUGGGCAACACAGACUUUCAACUCCCUCCAAAGAUUUUCUAUGGGGUUGAGAUCUGGAGACUGGCUAGGCCACUCCAGGACCUUGAAAUGCUUCUUACGAAGCCACUCCUUCGUUGCCCGGGCGGUGUGUUUGGGAUCAUUGUCAUGCUGAAAGACCCAGCCACGUUUCAUCUUCAAUGCCCUUGCUGAGGGAAGGAGGUUUUCACUCGAAAUCUCACGAAACGUGGCCCCAUUCAUUCUUUCCUUUACACGGAUCAGUCGUCCUGGUCCCUUUGCAGAAAAACAGCCCCAAAGCAUGAUGUUUCCACCCCCAUGCUUCACAGUAGGUAUGGUGUUCUUUGGAUGCAACUCAGCAUUCUUUGUCCUCCAAACACGACGAGUUGAGUUUUUACCAAAAAGUUAUAUUUUGGUUUCAUCUGACCAUAUGACAUUCUCCCAAUCCUCUUCUGGAUCAUCCAAAUGCACUCUAGCAGACUUCAGAUGGGCCUGGACAUGUACUGGCUUAAGCAGGGGGACACGUCUGGCACUGCAGGAUUUGAGCCCCUGGCGGCGUAGUGUGUUACUGAUGGUAGGCUUUGUUACUUUGGUCCCAGCUCUCUGCAGGUCAUUCACUAGGUCCCCCUGUGUGGUUCUGGGAUUUUUGCUCACCGUUCUUGUGAUCAUUUUGACCCCAUGGGGUGAGAUCUUGCGUGGAGCCCCAGAUCGAGGGAGAUUAUCAGUUGUCUUGUAUGUCUUCCAUUUCCUAAUAAUUGCUCCCACAGUUGAUUUCUUCAAACCAAGCUGCUUACCUAUUGCAGAUUCAGUCUUCCCAGCCUGGUGCAGGUCUACAAUUUUGUUUCUGGUGUCCUUUGACAGCUCUUUGGUCUUGGCCAUAGUGGAGUUUGGAGUGUGACUGUUUGAGGUUGUGGACAGGUGUCUUUUAUACUGAUAACAAGUUCAAACAGGUGCCAUUAAUACAGGUAACGAGUGGAGGACAGAGGAGCCUCUUAAAGAAGAAGUUACAGGUCUGUGAGAGCCAGAAAUCUUGCUUGUUUGUAGGUGACCAAAUACUUAUUUUCCACCAUAAUUUGCAAAUAAAUUCCUUAAAAAUCCUACAAUGUGAUUUUCUGGAAAAUAAAUUCUCAAUUUGUUUGUCAUAAUUGAUGUGUACCUAUGAUGAAAAUUACAGGCCUCUCUCAUCUUUUUAAGUGGGAGAACUUGCACAAUUGGUGGCUGACUAAAUACUUUUUUUCCCCACUGUAUAGGGAAACCAAUAAGCCUAAUGAGUAACAGGUGUGAAUAAUAAAGACAGGACUAGUGUGACACAGAAACAUCAAUCGGUGGCAGCUAGUACUCUGGUGACGACGAACGCCGAAGCCUGCCCGAGCAAGAAGGAGGGGCAGCCUCAGCUGUAUCCGUGACAACGAUCUACACAAAAUAAUCUGUAAUGUUAAAGUGAAAGAAAAAUUCUAACAUUUGUAAAGAAAAUUACAAAAAAUAAAACACUAAUAUAUCUUCAUUACAUACAUAAGUAUUCAACCCCCUGAGUCAAUACAUGUUAUAAUCACCUUUGGCAGCGAUUACAGCACUAAGUCUUUCUGGGUAAGUCUCUAAGAGCUUUCACACCUGUAUUGUGCAAAAUAUGCACAUUCUUUUUUUUUACAUUCUUCAAGGUCUGUCAAGUUAGUUGUAGAUCAUUGCUACGCAGCUGAUUUAAGUCAAAACUGUAACUACGCCACUCAGGAACAUUCAAUGACGUCUUGGUAAGCUACUCCAGUGUAUAUUUGGCCUUGUGUUUUCGGUUAUUGACCUGCUGAAAGGUGAAUUUGUCUCCGAGAGUGGUACUUAGUGAUUUUUUGUGACCCUGAGCAGUUUCCUUCCUCUCCGGCAACUGAGUUGGAGUUUGGGAAACUUUGCACUACAAAGAUACAGGCGUUGGGUUUGUGCAGGGUUUCUCAAACUCGGUCCUCGUGACCCCAAGGGGUGCAUAUUUUUGGUUUUUGCCCUAGUACUACACAGCUGAUUCAAAUAAUCAACUUAUCAUCAAGCUUUGAUAAUUUUCAUCAGCUGUGUAGUGUUAUGGCAAAAAACUAAACGUGCACCCCUUGGACCAAGUUUGGGAAACGCUGUAUGUAGUGACUGGAUGUCACGGUUUCGGCCGAGACUGCUCCUCCUCCUGGUUCGGGCAGGCUUCGGCGUUCGCCGUCCCCGGAAUACUAGCUGCCACCGUUGUAUGUUUCGUGUGUUGAUUGCUUUGGUCUGUCUAGUACACCUGUGUCUGGUUGUGUCCUAAUUACGUGUCCUAUAAGUUCCGUGUUUUGUGUUAGUUAGAUUGUGUGUUGUUGUCUGCGUGUCGUUUGGAGCUGCGUAUUUUGCGCUCUGUUUGUUUUGUUUUUCGCAUGUUUGCGCACUUCCCUCGCCUCUGUUUUUCGAGGUCGUGUUUUGGAUAUUUAUUACUUUGUACGAGUAAAGUUUGUUGGACUAAACCUCUGUGUCCUGCGCCUGACUCCUCCACCACAUCCACAUCGGUUCCUUUCUGACACUGGAUGUAUUGAUACACCAUCCAAAGUGUAAUUAAUAAGUUCACCAUGCUCAAAGGGAUAUUCAAUGUCUGCUUUUUUUAUUUCUACCCAUCUACCAAUAGAGGUGCCCUUCUUUGCGAGGCAUUGGAAAACCACCCUGGUCUGUGGUUGAAUCUUUGUUUGAAAUUCAUUGCUCGACUGAGGGACCUUACAGAUAAUUGUAUGUGUGGGGUACAGAGAUGAGGUAGUCAUUCAAAAAUCAUGUUAAACACUAUUACUGCACACAGUCCUGCAACUUAUUAUGUGACUUGUUAAGAACAUGUUUACUCCUGAACCUAUUUAGGCUUGCCAUAACAAAGGGGUUGAAUACUUAUUGACUCAAGACAUUUCAGCUUUUCAAUUUUUUAAUAAUUUUGACAGACCGGCUCGAUUUGAUCUUAUGUAGCAAAAUUUGAAAUUGUGUUUUUUACAUUGGAUAAAAGUAGAGACUCAGAGCUAGAACAUGGUAUAUCAUAUACUACAGUUGAGGGACAAUGGGAAAGUAAUUCUGCUUUGAAAAUUGAUAAACUUGUAACCCCACUUUUGAGAAAAUGGCCCUUGAAUGUUUUGGUAUACCUAAUGGAGAGCUCUUUUUUGUCCACCCAUUCAGCAUCAUUCACACCCUCUUAAGCCUUAGCCCCACCCAUCUCUUUAAGGAUUCACAUGUGACGCCAUGUGCAAAACAGAGUGAGUACGAUGGUAGUGUGCUAAAUAACCAAAGAUUUCAAGACUAAGUUAACGUUAAGUUAGCUGGCUAGCCUGUUCAAAUAAUGAGCAUAUCAUAUAGCUGACAACGUAUUCAUUGUAUUCAUUAUUACAGGAAAAUAAACUCACAACAAGAUCAUUACUUACAAGUUAAUGGCGAGCUAAUUACAGAAAAUAGCUUAUGGUUGUGAGUGUGAUGAAAUAAAAGCAGGGCGUUCUACUGGAGAAUUUUAGAACUUGGACACUGUCUCUUUGGCCUAACGUUAUAUCCUAAUUUGACUUUGGUGCAGGUCAUAUUGUUCUUCACAUUAAUGUCUCUGGUAAACACACACUAUAUCAAAUAAAAUCAAAGUUUAUUUGUCACAUGCACAGGAUACAGAAGGUGUAAAUGCUACAGUGAAAUGGUUAUGAGUCUUUUGUUUAGACAUGUAGCUAGCUAAAUAAACAAUUAACCAUAAUCCCAACUGAUAACAUUACUACCCUGCACGAAUCUGCAGGUAGCUAAAGCUAACCAACUAGGUUCAAUCUUAGCUAGCUAGCUAACAUUAGGCUAUAACUAGCAAUGCAAAUGGCUCUGAGAUACGAAUAAUAUUGCUACACAGAUCAUACACGUAACAUUAGCUAGCAAGCCAGCAAGCUAACGUUAACUAGCUAACUAACAGUACGCUUUAACUUGCAAUGAAAACAACUUUCUGACAAAAUUAGAAAUGUAUAAUAUCCGAAAACGUAGCUAGCUAGACUCUAUUUCCCGUAUACAUGGAUGAGCACUUCUCCCUCUCUGUCACGGAUGCCAUGGUUGCCCUUAAUUUGAAGAUGUAAUCCGGAGACAGGUGCUUUAUACAACAGCCUUCUUCUGUUUGACUCCCUCUGCAUAUUUGCAAUCAAACGCCAGAAUGUUCUCCAUCUCCUUAGCUAUCAUACUCUGCUUCCACCGGACAUUCCACUGAUUUCAAAACUUGGUCCUCCAGAAAGUGGAGAGCAUUAGCAACACUUUUGCAAUUCUUUGUGAUAUUCUUUAAAAAAUCAGCUUUAGAAAGGAUUACCUACACAUACUGAGCAGCUCAUGUUAUAGACAGAAGCGUGCUACAUGGCAGACCAAUCCGAACCCAUCUCUCGGCAUGUCCAGCCCAUCCAUUAUCUUAGCCAAUCAUGGCUAGCGGGAAGGUUCCUGUCUUUUUUCGUGGCUAAACUAACUAGGCUCGUAAUUUAACAGUUGUAUUCAUAUUUACAGAUGGCAUACAAGUUUGUUAUUAGGGCACAUGAAAGUUCACAUGUUCCAGAAGGCAUUCUUGCCAAAAAAUGCAUUUUGAUAAAAAAUUGAUGUUUACGUUCAAAUGCCUCUCAUGUGAAGUAGUGAUGCGCGGCAUACACCUAGUUUCCUGAAACGAGUCACAAUUUGUAAACAUUUUUUAAAACAUAAUUCCACUUUGACAUUACGGGGAAUUGUGUGUAGGCCAGUGACACAAAAUUGCAAUCUAUUUUAAAUUCAGGCUGUAAUACAACAAAAUGUGGAAAAAGUAAAGGGGUGUGAAUACUUUCUGAAGGCACUGUAAUAUAAAGCUGCUGGGACUCUGCUGACUCUGUGACAGCCUUUCACGUUCACGCACUGCCUGCUACCAUUUUGUAUAUGCAUCAUCACUUACCCCUACAUUCCAGAAAAUAAUUCAACCCUCUCUCCUGUUGCCAUACCACUGUAGAAUAUAAUUUCUAGAAUCAAGUAUUCUAGAAUGAGUAGACUGACAUUGUUUUUGUCACCCCUCCAUCCCUCCCCACCACCCCUCUUCAGCUUACUGCUGACAUUGUUAUUUCACCAUCACCAUCACCUCUUGCUCUGUUUCUCUUUCUCUUUCUCUCGCUCUACCUCUUUCUCUCUCAUGUGCUUUGUCCCUCCCGUCUAUCUCGUGUAAUGCAAUAACCCUGCUUGUGGCCAUCAAACUAAUCAAUCAAUGUUGUGCUUUUUUGGAUGUCUGUAUAACUUAGGUAUUCAAAUAUAGAGUGGGUUUCUCUAGAUAUCAUGUCGUUUUGAUGUUUAAAUUAGCCUUCCUUCUCUAUGCCCCCCUCUCUCUCCCACUAAUUCCCUCUCUUUCUGCUUUUCUCCAUCUCUCUCUCUCUCUUUCUCUAACUCUCUGAUCACCUCUUCCUCUCUCCAUUUGUCUAUUAUGUUUCUUUACCCCCCCGGUCCGUUCGUCUCCAUGGUAACGAUGGCAGAGUUCUAUGGUCUGGAUGAGUCCGACCUGGACAAGGUUUUCCGGCUCCCCACCACCACUUUUAUAGGUGGCAGCGAGAGCGCUCUGCCCCUCCGAGAGAUCAUACAGCGCCUCGAGGUAGAUCCGCCGCAUUGCACACACUCACUGCUUACAAAAAACUCAACACACACAUGCACACACACACGCGCACACACACUGACCUCUCCUCUCCUGUAGAUGGCGUACUGUCAGUCUAUCGGAGUAGAGUUCAUGUUCAUUAAUGACCUGGAGCAGUGCCAGUGGAUCAGACAGAAGUUUGAGAGGCCAGGCAUCAUGCAGUUCACCCUGGAGGAGAAGAGGACCCUUCUAGCCAGAAUGGUUCGAUCCACCAGGUCUGUCUGUACACCGAUUUCACAUUAAAAAAACAAGUGUGUGCAUAUUUACCAAUUGUGCAGGUUACAAAAAAUGUCACAUAGAAGAAAAGGAAUUCCUCUACGCUGUUGAAUGCUCCCCCAGUUUAUUGCAUAAGCAUAUUGCUAUUACCAUAUUGCUUAUGUUAUGAUAUGUUUAGUGUGAGGCACAUAGAUGGACAACAUACUACACUUCAACACCUCAUUGACAGGGGGCAGCAGCAACCGGUUUAGAUGAUGUGCUCUGCCAGGAAGCCUUACAUUUGACAUUUUAGUCAUUUAGCAGACGCACUUAUCCAGAGCGACUUACAGUUAGUGCAUUCAUCUUAAGACAGCUAGGUGGGACAACCACAUAUCACUGUCACAGUAAGUACAUUUAUCCUCAAUAAAGUAGCUAUCAGCAAAGUCAGAGCUAGUAAGGGGGGGAAAGGUCAAGUGUGAGUGUUAGUUCACGAAAGCCUUGAUAAUUACUCAAGUGUUAGCAAUCAGGUGGUUUGUCAGUGCGGGAGAGAGAGGAGGCCCGAAGCCUCUCAGACGGCCUCUGUUUGUUUCUUUGUGUUAGUUAACCUCUGUAGUUGGGCAUGCCUUUUUGUAGGUUGUUUUUUGUACAUAUUUAUUUUGAACAUAUGAAUAACCUGCUUGAACUGGCCAACCAAGAGGUCAAGACGGAGCUGGCCCUGAACACGGUAAGAUUGCUGUCUCCUGGGUACAUGUACAUACAACACGGUCCGGACACUCCUACUUUCACGUUAAAGCACACACCUAGUCAGGUCACAGAACAAUUAGGCAAGCCUAGGUCCCCUAGACAAAGUGAGUAUAGUGUAACAGAAGGUUGUCUAAUCGGUUCUGUAACACGGACACCUAUCAAAUCCUCUCACAUCUCCACAAAUGCAUAGAGCGAAAGGGCGAUUUGGAAUUGGGAAUAGGGGUGAUUUCUGGACUGGGCGACAUAUGUUAAACCUCCUGUUUAACUUCCUGUUUCCUGUUGGCAAGGUUUGAGGAGUUCCUGCAGAGGAAAUGGUCAUCAGAGAAGCGUUUUGGCCUUGAGGGCUGUGAGUCUCUCAUCCCAGCCCUGAAGACCAUCAUCGACAAGUCCAGCAUGAACGGAGUGGAGAGCAUCAUCAUGGGCAUGCCCCACAGGUACUGUUACCACAGAAACACCAAUCACAGGCUGCCCCACAGGCAGCGGGUCCAUCGAAACACCAAUCAUAGGCCGCCCCACAGGUACUGUUACCACAUACACACCAAUCACAAACUGCCCCAUGCGUAGGGUAGCUGAAAGUUGUUCUCCCUCUCUCCACCCUUCUCUCUCUCUCUUUCUCUUUCUGUCUCUCCAGGGGGAGAUUGAAUGUGUUGGCCAAUGUGAUCCGUAAGGAGCUGGAUCAGAUCUUCUGUCAGUUUGACUCCAAGCUCGAGGCUGCUGAUGAGGUACAUCCUACAACUAGCAGAGAGCAUGGUCCUGUUCAUUAACUACCAAAAGGGGAAAUAAAUAACUGAAGCAGGGAGGGACUACCUGGACUUGUCCAAUAAGAAACACUGAUUUUCGUAUUCUGUUGCAAAAUAUUUUAAAAUGCUGUCCGUUGCGUGCCCUAAAGAUCACGACCCUGGUAAUACAAUAUGGAAAGUGAUUAACAUGGAAAAAGUCUUCCAUAUCAGAACCUAAAGAAAAUGAAGAAGUUGUACUCAUGCAAUUCAUUUGCCCUUGUUUUCUCCCCCUCCUCUCUCUCUCCCCCCCUCAGGGUUCUGGAGAUGUGAAGUACCACUUGGGGAUGUGGCACCGGAGGAUCAACCGGGUCACUGAUAGGAACAUCACACUGUCACUCAUGGCUAACCCCUCCCACCUGGAGGCUGUGGACCCCGUGGUGCAGGGCAAGACCAAAGCUGAGCAGUUCUACUGCGGGGACACAGAAGGCAACAGGGUAAGUACACACACUCACAGGCAGACAGACUGUGUAUGUAUAUGUAUGUUUUUGUGUGUGUGUGUGUGUGUAUUUAUAUUUCUGUUUGUGUGUAUUUCCAGGUAAUGUCCAUCCUACUCCAUGGUGAUGCAGCUUUUGCAGGCCAGGGGGUUGUCUAUGAGACCUUCCACCUCUCUGACCUGCCCUCCUACACCACACAUGGCACUAUCCAUGUGGUGGUCAACAACCAGGUAACACAUGCACGCACGCACGCACACACACACACACACACACACACCCUUCCCUUAAUUUAGCUUCCCUCUUUUCUCUCUCCCUCCCUGUAGAUUGGUUUCACCACCGACCCUAGGGUGGCGAGAUCAUCCUCUUACCCUACAGACGUGGCCAAGGUGGUCAACGCCCCCAUCUUCCAUGUCAACGCUGACGACCCCGAGGCUGUCAUGUACGUGUGUAAUGUCGCCGCCGAGUGGAGGGCCACCUUUCACAAGGACGUGGUCGUCGACCUGGUGAGUGUGUGUUUCCUGACCAGGGUGGUGUUCAUUAGGCAUGAAACGGAGGAGAACGGACUGAAACGGACUACUUGUCCAAUAAGAAACGUGUGUGUGUGUGUUUCCUGAUCAGGUAUUUGUAAUGGUCAUAAUGAGAUGAUCAUUAUAAUAGGGUUAUCAAGCAGCCACCUUUAGUGACUUACCGAACAGUCAGCAUAUGUAUAUGGGUCUCUCUAUAAAUAAAGGGACCAAUGUGUGACAUCAGGGUCAAAACAAAUAAAUGGUUUGAUGUACAUUUAAAAAUGAUUUUCUUGCAUCUUCACAUGGGUACUAACAGGAAGAAGAGUCUAGAUAGACACAAUGAGACCAUAACUCCUAGCAACAACAAAACAUCUACAUGUCAUUCAAAAUGUCACAUGAAACAUGGAUACUGCAUGGAUACUGCAUGUUUCUUUGUCAUGCCUAGUAGCCAGGUCUGUUUGUACUGUAGUCAACUUCUCUAUCAUUUAUAGCCAUGCUAAACCUUCCAGAAGAAUGAAAAAGAUUUUUAAAAGCAUUUCUGUAUUUUUUUAUAGUUUAUAUAAUAAUUUAGUACAAUAAUAUAAUACAAUGGCCUCUGUCAUAAUUGACAAUAAUAAUAACCAAUAAUGAAAUCAUUAUAAUCAGUAAACUCUUCAAGUAGUGUGUGUGUGUGUGUGUGUGUGGGUGUGUGUGUGUGUGCGUCUGUGUGUGUGAAAACUAGACAUCACAUUCUUGCUUCCCCUGUCCUUGUUUCCUCCUCUCCUUGCACCACCUUGAAAGUGCAUUGGAGCCCAAGGGGAGGAACCUUCCCUCCUCUCCCACAAUGUGCUUUGAGAGGGAGGUGAGGAAUGGAGGAAACAAGGGGAGAAUCUCAAUUGCAUUUCCUUCAUUCCUCACGCCCUCGUCAUUCCUCACGUCCUCUCCCCUUGCCUCCUUCUCAAAACCCAUUGAAUAAGAAGGUGACAGGGAAGGGACCUCUGACCUUCUCAUAUAACAAAUCAAGGAAAUGCAAUAGAAAUUCUCCCAAAGACGGAGGAAGCAAGUAUUUGACAGCUAUUAACAUUUUUUGACAGUGCCAGACUGACUGACUGACUGACUGAGCUACCAUAAUACCCAUGGCCUGUCCAGGAACAACCCGCAUCCCCUACUGCCCAGAGUCUAGACACUUGUGGAGAUCUGUGAGGGACUGAUGGGUAGUAACAUGGUGAGAACUCCACCUUAACCUCUGAUAGGCUUGGUGGAAUUUUGGUGGUAUUGCUUACACCUGUUCAAUUCUCUCAGAUCUCCACAAGUGUCUAGGGGUAGGGCUAGGGGUUGUUUCUGGACAGGACCCCACAACACUUUGGGUGUGUGGUGGACCUAGAGCACAACACUUGAGGCAUUGGUUGGAUGUUUAAUUCCAUUGCUACAGUGGGGAAAAAAAGUAUUUAGUCAGCCACCAAUUGUGCAAGUUCUCCCACUUAAAAAGAUGAGAGAGGCCUGUAAUUUUCAUCAUAGGUACACGUCAACUAUGACAGACAAAUUGAGAUUUAUUUUUCCAGAAAAUCACAUUGUAGGAUUUUUUAUGAAUUUAUUUGCAAAUUAUGGUGGAAAAUAAGUAUUUGGUCACCUACAAACAAGCAAGAUUUCUGGCUCUCACAGACCUGUAACUUCUUCUUUAAGAGGCUCCUCUGUCCUCCACUUGUUACCUGUAUUAAUGGCACCUGUUUGAACUUGUUAUCAGUAUAAAAGACACCUGUCCACAACCUCAAACAGUCACACUCCAAACUCCACUAUGGCCAAGACCAAAGAGCUGUCUAAGGACACCAGAAACAAAAUUGUAGACCUGCACCAGGCUGGGAAGACUGAAUCUGCAAUAGGUAAGCAGCUUGGUUUGAAGAAAUCAACUGUGGGAGCAAUUAUUAGGAAAUGGAAGACAUACAAGACCACUGAUAAUCUCCCUCGAUCUGUGGCUCCACGCAAGAUCUCACCCCGUGGGGUCAAAAUGAUCACAAGAUCGGUGAGCAAAAAUCACAGAACCACACGGGGGGACCUAGUGAAUGACCUGCAGAAAGCUGGGACCAAAGUAACAAAGCCUACCAUCAGUAACACACUACGCCGCCAGUGACUCAAAUCCUGCAGUGCCAGACGUGUCCCCCUGCUUAAGCCAGUACAUGUCCAGGCCCGUCUGAAGUUUGCUAGAGUGCAUUUGGAUGAUUCAGAAGAGGAUUGGGAGAAUGUCAUAUGGUCAGAUGAAACCAAAAUAGAACUUUUUGGUAAAAACUCAACUCGUCGUGUUUGGAGGACAAAGAAUGCUGAGUUGCAUCCAAAGAACACCAUACCUACUGUGAAGCAUGGGGGUGGAAACAUCAUGCUUUGGGGCUGUUUUUCUGCAAAGGGACCAGGACGACUGAUCUGUCUAAAGGAAAGAAUGAAUGGGGCCAUGUAUCGUGAGAUUUUGAGUGAAAACCUCCUUCCAUCAGCAAGGGCAUUGAAGAUGAAACGUGGCUGGGUCUUUCAGCAUGACAAUGAUCCCAAACACACCGCCCGGGCAACGAAGGAGUGGCUUCGUAAGAAGCAUUUCAAGGUCCUGGAGUGGCCUAGCCAGUCUCCAGAUCUCAACCCCAUAGAAAAUAUUUGGAGGGAGUUGAAAGUCCGUGUUGCCCAGCGACAGCCCCAAAACAUCACUGCUCUAGAGGAGAUCUGCAUGGAGGAAUGGGCCAAAAUACCAGCAACAGUGUGUGAAAACCUUGUGAAGACUUACAGAAAACGUUUGACCUGUGUCAUUGCCAACAAAGGGUAUAUAACAAAGUAUUGAGAAACUUUUGUUAUUGACCAAAUACUUAUUUUCCACCAUAAUUUGCAAAUAAAUUCAUAGAAAAUCCUACAAUGUGAUUUUCUGGAUUUUUCUUUCUCAUUUUGUCUGUCAUAGUUGACGUGUACCUAUGAUGUAAAUUACAGGCCUCUCUCAUCUUUUUAAUUGGGAGAACUUGCACAAUUGGUGGCUGACUAAAUACUUUUUCCCCCACUGUAUACACACACAGAUUUUCACAGGUGUAAGCUGGACACACUCACGGGACCUAUCAGGCUGAUCAGACAGGUCUGGGCAGCUGGAGACCUGCUGUAAACAGGAUAUAUUUACAUGUCUGCUAUUCAAACCCUUCCUUCAUUCCAGCUAGUUAGAUGUGCAACCACUGACUAACUAUAUAUCUAGGGCAUAUCUCUAGUCUAGCAAUAGAUACUGUUGUUUUGGCUGUAUAGCAUCAUUUAAUAAGAUUACCAAUGAUUAGCUAGGUAGCUAGGAUAUAUCAGUCAGCUAACUAUUUACAGUAACAGCAGUUCAUUAAUAAGUCAAUACACACAACAUUUUAUGCAGAAAUGUAGAAAUCGUACUUUAUCUUGGCACUGUGGCAUGGUAUGGGCAGCUAUUAAUCAAUUAAUUAAUAGAUAAUAGAUUUAUAGAAUGGAGUUAGAAGAGUGACCUCGUACUUUGAAAGGACAGGAUGUUUUGGCUGUGCACUUGACCAGGCAUUCCACAUUUAACCCCAGCCACAUUUGAACAUCGAAAUAGCAAAUAGUUUUUUGGUUUUAUAUGCGAAAAUGAAAAGAACAAGCAAUUUUCAUAUUUUUCUGUUUCUAUUCAAAAACGAAUAAACAAGCCGUUUUAACGUUGCCGCUUGCUCCGUUUUAACUCGGAAAACAAACGAUCAAUGUCAAGGGGUGCUGAAGGUGGGUGUGGUGCAUGAAUCAAGCGCAGGAUGCAGAAGCUCAGUCCAAAAGACUUUAGUGCAAUAUACACGUCGAAAAUAAGCACAAAAAGCCCGAAGGCGAAAUAACGGCGCACACAGGCGUCAAUCAAACGGCGCACUAACAUGUGCGAAAAACCUCUCCAAAACACUGGAGGGAAGUACGUAGCUCCAACACGAAACAGAAGAGCAAUCACACACAAAGACAAACACACACAACGAGAACUAAAUAGGACACUAACGAGGACUAACAAGACACAGGUGUACAACAUCAAGACAAAACCAAACGAACAUGAAACAUAGAUCGGUGGCAGCUAGUACUCCGGGGACGACGACCGCCGUAGCCUGCCCGAACCAGGAGGAGGAGCAGCCUCGGCCGAAACCGUGACAGUACCCCCACCCCUUGACGCGCGGCUCCAGCCGUGCGCCGACCCCGGCCUCGGGGACGACCAGGAGGACGCGGAGCAGGGCGCGCGGGAUGGUCCUGGUGGAACUCCGACAGGAGAGAUGGGUCUAGGAUGUCCCUCCGCGGCACCCAGCACCGCUCCUCCGGGCCGUACCCCUCCCACUCCACGAGAUACUGGAGACCCCCCAUCCGGCGUCUUGAGUCCAAGAUGGACCGAACGGUGUACGCCGGAGCCCCCUCGAUGUCCAGUGGGGGCGGAGGAGUCUCCCCUAUCUCAUUGUCCUGGAGUGGACCAGCUACCACCGGCCUGAGAAGAGACACAUGGAACGAGGGGUUAAUAUUCUUAUACUCAACAGGUAGAUGUAACCUAUAACACACCUCGUUCAAUCUUCUCAGGACUUUAAAGGGCCCCACAAACCGCCGACCCAGCUUCCGGCAGGGCAGGCGGAGGGGUAGGUUUCUGGUAGAGAGCCAGACUCGAUCUCCGGGUGCGUACACCGGCCCCUCACUGCGGUGGAGAUCGGCGCUCGCCUUGUGACGAAGGACGGCCCGCUGCAGGUGGACGUGGGCAGCGUUCCACGUCUCUUCCGAGCGCCUCAUCCAAUCAUCCACCGCAGGGGCCUCGAUCUGGCUCUGCUGCCAAGGUGCCAGAAUCGGCUGGUAACCUAACACACAUUGGAAGGGGGUUAGGUUGGUAGAGGAGUGGCGGAGAGAGUUCUGGGCCAUCUCGGCCCAGGGAAUGUACCGUGCCCACUCCUCCGGCCGGCCCUUGCAAUACGACCUCAGAAACCUACCCACAUCCUGGUUGACACGUUCUACCUGCCCGUUACUCUCCGGGUGGUACCCUGAGGUAAGGCUAACCGAGACCCCCAAACGCUCCAUGAACGCUCUCCAAACACGGGAGGUAAACUGGGGGCCUCGAUCAGACACUAUAUCCUCGGGUACCCCGUAAUGCCGGAAGACGUGGGUAAAUAGGGCCUCAGCGGUACGUAGGGCAGUAGGAAGACCCGACAUAGGGAGAAGACGACAGGCCUUAGAGAACCGGUCCACAACGACCAGGAUGGUGGUAUUCCCCUGAGAGAGGGGAAGGUCUGUCACAAAAUCCACCGAGAGGUGGGACCAUGGUCGUUGUGGAACGGGCAGGGGUUGUAACUUACCCCUGGGCAGAUGUCGGGGCGCCUUACACUGGGCGCACACCGAGCAGGAGGAGACAUAAACCCUCACAUCCCUAGCCAAAGUGGGCCACCAGUAUUUAGUGCUAAGGCAAUGCACUGUCCGGCCAAUACCCGGAUGUCCAGAGGAGGGUGACGUGUGAGCCCAGUAAAUGAGUCGAUCCCGAAUCUCGAGCGGAACGUACUUCCGACCCUCAGGACACUGUGGAGGGCUGGGGUCGGUACGCAACGCUCGCUCGAUUUCGGCAUCGACCUCCCACACCACCGGUGCCACAAGGCAAGACUCCGGUAGUAUGGGAGUAGGCUCAACGGACCUCUCCUCCGUGUCAUACCGCCGGGACAGCGCAUCUGCCUUACCAUUCUGGGACCCAGGGAUGUACGUGAUUUUAAAUACGAACCUGGUGAGAAACAUACUCCAUCUAGCCUGGCGAGGGUUCAGUCUCCUCGCUGCCCGGAUGUACUCCAGGUUCCGAUGGUCAGUCAAAAUGAGGAAAGGGUGUUGAGCCCCCUCAAGCCAAUGCCUCCACACCUUAAGGGCUUGAACUACAGCUAACAGCUCCCUGUCCCCAACGUCAUAGUUACGCUCCACCGGGCUGAGCUUUUUUGAGUAAAAAGCACAGGGGCGGAGUUUAGGUGGCGUGCCGGACCGUUGAGAGAGAACGGCCCCUAUACCAGCCUCAGACGCGUCUACCUCAACCUGAAAGGGUAAUGCGGGAUCCGGAUGCGCCAGCACCGGAGCCGACGUAAACAGGUCCUUCAGUCUCCUAAAGGCCCUGUCCGCAUCAGCUGACCACUGCAGGCGCACCGGACCCCCUUUCAGAAGGGACGUGAUGGGAGCUGCCACCUGUCCAAAACCCCGGAUAAACCUCCGGUAGUAAUUCGCAAAGCCCAAGAACUGCUGCACCUCUUUUACAGUGGUUGGAGUUUGCCAAUUACGCACAGCGGACACACGAUCCACCUCCAUUCUCACCCCUGACGCGGACAACCGAUAACCCAAAAAGGAGACCGACUCCUGGAAAAACAGAAAUGUCUCUGCCUUGACAUAUAGGUCGUGCUCCAACAGCCUCCUCAAUACACGACGCACCAGGGUUAUAUGCUCGGCUCGGGUAGACGAGUACACCAGAAUGUCAUCAAUGUACACGACCACCCCUUGUCCCUGCAUAUCCCGGAAAAUGUCAUCUACGAAGGAUUGGAAGACUGAUGGAGCAUUCAUCAACCCAUAUGGCAUGACGAGAUAUUCGAAAUGACCUGACGUGGUACUAAACGCUGUCUUCCAUUCGUCGCCCUCCCUAAUGCACACCAAGUUAUACGCGCUCCUGAGAUCCAAUUUUGUGAAAAACCGCGCUCCAUGCAAUGACUCUGUCAUGGUCGCAAUCAGAGGGAGUGGAUAACUGUAUUUCACAGUAAUCUGAUUGAGACCACGGUAAUCAAUGCACGGGCGCAACCCUCCAUCUUUCUUCUUCACAAAAAAGAAACUCGAGGAGGCGGGAGAAGUGGAGGGCCGAAUGUAUCCCUGUCUCAAAGAUUCGGCUAUGUAAGUCUCCAUAGCUUUUCUCUCCUCUUGAGACAAAGGAUACACGUGGCUCCGUGGGAGCGCUGCUCCUGCCUGGAGAUCAAUCGCACAAUCCCCCUGUCUAUGAGGAGGCAACUGCGUCGCCCUAGUUUUACUAAACACGAGAGCUAAAUCCCCAUAUUCAGGCAGAAUGUGCAGUGCGGGCACUUGGUUUGGACUUUCCACCGAAGUCACCCCCACGGAAACACCCAGACAUCGCCCCUCGCACUGAGCAGACCACCCAUCGAGAGCCCUCUGUUGCCACGAAAUAGCAGGGUUAUGGGUGCUUAACCAGGGAAUUCCCAGCACCACUGGGUACGCAGGAGAGUCGAUCAGAUACAGCUGUAUAGUCUCUUCAUGACCCCCCUGCGCACACAUCCUAAGUGGUGCUGUGAUCUCCCUAAUCAACCCCGACCCCAACGGGCGGCUAUCUAAGGCAUGAACGGGAAAAGGUUUGUCAACAGGUAGGAGAGGGAUCCCUAAAUCUAAACAAAACUUCCGAUCAACAAAAUUCUCAGCUGCGCCUGAAUCUACUAGCGCCUUAUGCUGGGAAUGAGGUGCAACCUGUGGAAAACACACAGGUAUACAAAAGUGCGCAACAGAAAGCUCUGGGUAAGUGGGACGUCUACUCACCUGGGAGGCCCCCCCAGUGCAUGGCCUGUUGUCUUCUCCCCCGGAGAACCCUCCCCAGCACCUGGCCGCAGUGUGCCCUCCACGACCGCACUUGGUGCAGGAGACAGGCCCCCUCGGGCUCCUCCUCCUCCUUUCUCUAGUGCCGGCACCCCCGAGCUCCAUAGGGCUCGGCUCGGAGGUGCCGGAGGGCGGAAUGGACGGACCCCCCUCGGGACGUCCACGGGUGGCCAGCAGGGUGUCCAGACGGAUGGACAUAUCGACCAACUGGUCGAAGGUGAGAUGGGUAUCCCUGCAGGCCAACUCACGUUGAACGUCCUCCCGUAGGCUACAUCGAAAAUGGUCGAUGAGGGCCCGUUCAUUCCACCCUGCGUCCGCCGCUAGAGUCCGGAACUCUAGAGCAAACGCCUGUGCGCUCCUCCUCCCCUGUCUCAGGUGGACUAGACGCUCCCCCGCCGCUUUGCCCUCAGGUGGAUGGUCGAACACGGCCUUGAAGCGGCGGGAGAACUCGGCGUAGGAGAUGGUGUUGGCGUCCAUCUUCCUCCACUCGGCGUUAGCCCACUCCAACGCCUUGCCCGUGAGACAGGAGAUGAGGGCGGAAACGCUCUCGUGUCCCGAGGGCACCGGGUGUACAGUGGCCAGGUAGAGCUCCACCUGCAGGAGGAACCCCUGACACCCGGCAGCUGUUCCGUCAUACGCCCUCGGGAGCGAGAGCCGAAUCCCCCUGGGUUCCGGACCUGGGACUGGUGGACCGCCCGAUGGGGUUGGCAGGGUAGGUGGAGGUGUGGGUACCCCGCUGGCCUCCCAUCGGUGCAGGGUGUUGAUGACGUCCUGUAGAGCGGUCCCCAGUUGUCGUAUCUGGUCAUCUUGGCCGCGAACAUGCUCCUCGAGCGACUCAGGUGUAACUGCAGAUCCUGCUGAUUCCAUUUUGGUGUGUGAUUCUGUCAAGGGGUGCUGAAGGUGGGUGUGGUGCAUGAAUCAAGCGCAGGACGCAGAAGCUCAGUCCAAAAGACUUUAGUGCAAUAUACACGUAGAAAAUAAGCACAAUAAGCCCGAAGGCGAAAUAACGGCGCACACAGGCGUCAAUCAAACGGCGCACUAACAUGUGCGAAAAACCUCUCCAAAACACUGGAGGGAAGUACGUAGCUCCAACACGAAACAGAAGAGCAAUCACACACAAAGACAAACACACACAACGAGAACUAAAUAGGACACUAACGAGGACUAACAAGACACAGGUGUACAACAUCAAGACAAAACCAAACGAACAUAAAACAUAGAUCGGUGGCAGCUAGUACUCCGGGGACGACGACCGCCGAAGCCUGCCCGAACCAGGAGGAGGAGCAGCCUCGGCCGAAACCGUGACAAUCAAAACGUACACAGACUGUAAUCUUACCUUAGUAAUCUUGAUUUAAUGUUCUCCACGAAGUGGGCUAUUUAUCUUUACCACCGUAACAACAGACACCGAAAUGUUCUGUCAAUCAAUCCUCGAUUCCUGCACUUUGGCUGUUGUUAAAUCGCGUGCUCUUUAUCACUUGACUGUCAUUCAGAAAAUCCUUUCCUGAAUCAGCUGAUGUUGUGCGAUAAUGUCCCCAUGUAACUAAACAGCUAGACAUCAAACGCACAUCAAACAAAUGCUCGCUGGCUUCCCGUGCAUUUAAUGCUACGGGCGAUAACAGUGUAAUACUCUUUUUGACCAGACAGCAUCAGAUAGAUGGGCCACACAUCCUGAGACAGAGGGGGCGCUGUUUCUUUCAUUUGGAUGCUUUCUCCGAUGAGAUACAUUCAGCCUCUUGCGAAUUGAAGGGGGGGGGGGGGCAUCCAUGAAUACAAUUGUAACAGCUCCAAACAGUUGUACACUACUAGAGAUGCACACUGGUACCCUAGUUUAUAGAAAGACCCAUAUAUAUAGCCCAUGCAGGUAACAUGCCAUAACCAUGAACGAGCCGACAACCUCUAAUGUGUGUGUGUGUGUGUUUGUUUGUGUGUGUGUGUGUGCGUGCAUGUGUGUGUAUGUGAGCGUGUGUGUUACAGGUGUGUUACAGGCGUAAUGGCCACAAUGAGAUGGACGAACCCAUGUUCACCCAGCCGCUGAUGUACAAGCAGAUCAAGAAGCAGAAAGGAGUCCUAAAGAAAUACGCUGAGAAGCUCAUAGCAGAGGGAGCUGUCACCAGACAGGAGUACGAGGUAACAUAUAUUGCCAUAUACACUGAGUAUACCAAACAUUAGGAACACGUUCCUAAUAUUGAGUUGCACCCCCCCUUUUGCCCUCAGAACAGCCUCAAUUCGUCGGGGCAUGGACUCUGCAAGGUGUUGAAAGCGUUCCACAGGGAUGCUGGUCCAUGUUGACUCCAAUGCUUCCCACAGUUGUGUGAAGUUGGCUGGAUGUCCUUUGGGUGGAGGACCAUUCUUGAUACACACGGAAAACUGUUGAGAGUGAAAAACCCAGCAGCGUUGCAGUUCCUGACACAAACCGGUGCCCCUGGCACCUACUACCAUACCCCGUUCAAAGGCACUUAAAUAUUUUGUCUUGCCCAUUCACCUUCUGAAUGGCACACAUACACAAUCCAUGUCUCAAUUGUCUAAAGGUUUAAAAAUAAUUAUUUAACCUGUCUCCUCCCCUUAAUCUAUACUGAUUGAAGUGGAUUUAACAAGUGACAUCAAUAAGGGAUCAUAGCUUUCACCUGGAUUCACCUGGUCAGUCUAUGUAAUGGAAAGAGCAGGUGUUCUUAAUAUUUUGUACACUCAGUGUAUACUAUACACCAUAGACUGCCCAUAUAAAUCAUGUACCAUAAACAGUCCUUACAAACCUGUACUUAGAUAUCGUAUUUUGUCCUCUGUCUUUAUAUAAAAGACUGUCCUUAUAUAGAACGCACCCGCUGAUUGAUAUGAGGUAGCAAGGUGUUGUCGUUGAGGAUUACUUAAUUUAACAUGAAAUGGAUAUUAACCCUCUCCCCUCUGUAGGAAGAGAUAGCCAAGUAUGACAAGAUCUGUGAGGAGGCUUAUGCUCGCUCCAAAGACGAGAAGAUUUUACACAUCAAACACUGGCUAGACUCACCCUGGCCCGGUCAGUGUGUGUGUGUGUGUGUGUGUAAACCUAAGUUUUACAAUAUAUUGUAGGUGGAUAUGUGUGUGUGUGUUUUAUUCUCUAUGUGUAAGCAUACACUAAAAGUGUGUAUCUUUUAUCAAUAUGUGUGUGCGUUUGUGUGUGUGUGUGUGUAGGUUUCUUCAACGUGGAUGGCCAGCCUAAGAGUAUGACCAGUCCGUCUACAGGCCUGACUGAGGAAGAGCUGGGACACAUAGGACACAUCGCUUCAUCUGUCCCUGUGGAAGACUUCACUAUACACGGAGGUAGACAACCACGCACAUCCACUCAAACACACAAGUGCGCGCACAAACCCCCACACACACACAAACACACACACACGUGUGGACACACACAAUACCUCUGGAAGACAAGUACAGCGUAACCUAUGUACAUGCUCACAUAUCCUCAUAUCUGUGUGUGUGUCAGGUCUGAGUCGUAUACUAAAGGGUCGUGCAGCGAUGGUGGGCCAGCGUGUGUGUGACUGGGCUCUAGGAGAGUACAUGGCCUUUGGCUCGCUUCUCAAGGAAGGAACACACAUACGUCUCAGCGGACAGGACGUGGAGAGAGGAACCUUCAGGUAGUAAUGUCACCCUUACGACAGCUUAUGUCAACGUUAUGACUGUAUGUCAUUCUAAAGUCUCUUGUUUGACAGUGUUAUGUGUUGUUUGUCAUUAUAUAUAUUUAAGGUUUAUUUGGAAUUGUAUACAUUUGCAGCUAAAAGCUGAAUUGCAGCAUACAUACUAUACUGUAGGUCUACAUAAGUAAGUAAAUAAAAUGCUAUAAAAAAUAUGAAAUAUACAUUGCAUUUGGAUUCAGACCUCUUGACUUUUUCUACAUUUUGUUACGUUACAGCCUUAUUCUAAAAUGGAUUCAGUUGUUUUUUUCCCUCAUCAAUCUACACACGGGGCCUCCCGAGUGGCGCAGCGGUCUAAGCCGUCACUACAGAUCUGGGUUCGAUCCCGGGCUGUGUCGCAGCCGGCCGCGACCGAGAGACCAAUGAGGCGGCGCACAAUUGGCCCAGCGUCGUCCGGGUUAGGGGAGGGUUUGGCCGGGCGCUCUAACGACUACUGUGGCGGGCCGGGUGCAUGCAAACAAUUGGUGCGGCUGGCUUCCGGGUUAAGCGAGCAGUGUGUCAAGAAGCAGUGCGGCUUGGCAGAGUCGUGUUUCGGAGGACGCAUGGCUCUCGACCUUCGCCUCUCCCGAGCGUACGGGAGUUGCAGCGAUGGGACAAGACUGUUACUAACAAUUGGGGAGAAAAAGGGGGUAAAAAAAGAAACAAAAUCUACAUUUUAAAUUUUAGUCAUUUAGCAGACGCUCUUAUCCAGAGUGUUAUGUGUUCAUGGUGACCUUCAAUGCUGCAGACAUUUUUUGGUACCCUUCCCCAAAUCUGUGUCUCGACACAAUCCUGUCUCGGAGCUCUACGAACAAUUAAUUUGACCUCAUGGCUUGGUUUUUGCUCUGACAUGCACUGUUAACUGUGGGACCUUAUAUAGACAGGUGUGUGCCUUUCCAAAUCAAUUAAAUUUACCACAGGUGGACUCCAACCAAGUUGUAGAAACAUCUCAAGGAUGAUCAAUAGAAACAGGAUGCACCUGAGCUCAAUUAUGAGUCUCAUAAUACUUAUGUAAAUUGUUGUAGUAUCUGUCAGUCCGAGUAGGGGGAAGGUUCAGUUUGUGACUGGAUCGGGUAGAUCUGCCACUGACAUGGCCUCUCGUCUGAGGCUGCCAUUUGUUGUAAUCCUGGGAUUUUGCAAGCUUCUGGGCAAAGAAUCUGCAGAGGUGGGUGCGGCGGGACUCCAAGGACUACAAGCCCAUGUCAUUGCAUGCAGAGUCGUAGGAGGUGUAGGUGGGAUGAUUUUGGUUGCACGUCGUUGGAUCUUCUCAAGUUGGUUGUGUUGGUGGGUUGGGAGACCUGGGAGACCUGGGAGACCUGGGUGCCAUACUGGAGCGUUAUUGUCACAUCUUGGUGGUGUAUUAACUCUUGGUGGUGUAUUAACUCUUGGUGGUGUAUUAACUCUUGGUGGUGUAUUAACUCUUGGUGGUGUAUUAACUCUUGGUGGUGUAUUAACUCUUGGUGGUGUAUUAACUCUUAUUUACUCUCUCUCUCCCUCUCCAUCUCUCUCUCUCGCUUCUUCUACCCACACCUCUCCCUCUCCCCUUCCUCUCUUUCCUCUACCCAUACAUCUCUCUCUCUCUCCUUCUCUCUCUCUCUCCAUCUCUCCAUCUCCCCCUCUACAGUCACAGACACCAUGUUCUCCAUGACCAGAAUGUAGAUAAGAGGAUCUGUAUUCCCAUGAACCACAUCGCUCCUAACCAGGCUCCAUACACUGUCUGUAACAGCUCUCUGUCAGAGUACGGAGUACUAGGUUAGUACACAGACACAUAAACACACACACACACGUACAUGUACGCAGACAUGCAGAUGCAGUCUUUUAUUUUGCACUCGUUACGGUACAGCACGCCACAGCAUUAUGAGGGGUUGUCUGUUUUUUUUAGUAACCUCAUGCUUUCUGACUUGAACAUCUCUCUCUCUCCUUUCCUCCCCCCCUCUAGGUUUCGAGCUGGGUUUUGCCAUGGCCAGUCCCAAUGCUCUGGUUCUGUGGGAGGCCCAGUUUGGAGACUUCCACAACACAGCCCAGUGUAUCAUAGACCAGUUCAUCUGCCCAGGACAGGCCAAGUGGGUCAGACAGAACGGAAUAGUCCUCCUGCUACCCCAUGGCAUGGAAGGAAUGGUAGGAACUACUGUCUGUCCGUCCAUCCAUCUGUGAGGCAGAGUAUGUGAGUGUAAACCUGUGUGAGUGUGUGUCCGUCCACCCGUCUGUCUGUUUGUCUGCCUCAGUCUCUGAGAACAGAAUAGCACUGCUGCUCCCAUCACUUAUCUAUAAGUCUGUCUUCGCUUUGAAGAACAUUGUCUGUGGUCACAAAUUGCUGAUAAACUACGUAUCCCAUGAUCCUAUACUCAGGGUCCAGAGCACUCGUCGGCCCGACCAGAGAGGUUCCUGCAGAUGUGUAAUGAAGACCCGGAUGCAUACCCUGUAAGUGUGUGUGUGUGUGUGUGUGUGUGUGUGUGUGUGUGUGUGUGUGUGUGUGUGUGUGUGCGCGUGCGUGUGUGUGUGUGUAUGACCUGUCCCUUCUUUCAUGUAUAGAAAUUCUCCGCUGAGGAGUUUGCUGUGCGUCAGCUGUAUGACUGUAACUGGAUCAUAGUCAACUGCUCUACACCUGCUAACUACUUCCACGUCCUCCGCAGACAAAUUCUACAGCCCUUCAGGAAGCCUGUGAGUGCCACACAUGCACACACACACAUGCACACACACACACACACACACACACACCACAUCUCUCCUCUUUUUCUCUGUCUUCCAGCUGAUAGUCUUCACCCCCAAGUCUCUGCUGCGCCACCCUGAUGCCAAGUCCAGCUUUGACGACAUGCUGCCAGGUGAGGGAGAGAGGGAGGAAUGGAGAGAGAUGAGGGAUGAUUUAGGUUAGCAAGGCGAGGAGGUUGGGAGCUAGCUAUGGUCAUGAUGGCUGCUUCUAACAUCUGACAUACAGUACUGUCAUUAAGUUAGAUGGUAGAAAAGCUAUCUUAGCUAAGUUAUCUGGUGGAAUGGGAUGAGAAUGAUUGUCUGAAGUGUCUGCUUGUCACCAGACCUGAGUCAAAUGGUAUUUGCUUUCUAUCAAAUGCCUUGAGCGUUUGACUGAGCCUGGGCGGGGGUUGCACUUUUGGGACUAUUCCAUUUGGUUCCAUUGCACCAGGCGAGUAUUUGAAAGAAAACAGAUACUAUUUAAAUACUGCUUAUCAGACCAAUGAGAGUCGAAUGUGUGUGUGUGUGUGUGUGUGUGUGUGUGUGUACAUGUAUGUGUGUACCAUACAUGUGUGUGUUUCUAUAAUGUGUUUGUGUGUGUGUCUUUCAGGUACCCACUUCCAGCGUCUGAUCCCAGACAGUGGUCCUGUGUGUGAGAAGCCAGAUGGGGUGAAGAGGAUUGUGUUCUGUACUGGGAAGGUCUACUAUGAACUGACCCGAGAACGCAAGAACAGAGGCAUGGACGAUACUGUGGCCAUUGCACGCAUAGAGCAGGUAUACACACACGCAUGCAUACACGCACACAGGUACAGUGCACACACUCAGGCAUACACACACAAACACACACUUCCAAUCUCACCUCUCUCCUCCAUCUAUCUCUCUCCUCCCUCUCUCUCUCUUCUCUCUCUCCUCCAGCUCUCUCCCUUCCCGUUUGACCAGGUGAAGGUUGAGACAGAUCGUUAUCCCAACGCUGACCUGGUGUGGUGCCAGGAAGAGCACAAGAACCAGGGUUACUAUGACUACGUCAAACCCCGCCUCCGCACCACCGUCGACCGCACCCGCCCCGUUUGGUACGACCCACCCUUCUUCACUCACACCUGCUCACAGUUGUGAGUUGUGUUUUGUAUUAAUUGUGUGCUCGCUUCUUUCUCAUGUUUGUGUGUGUAUGUGUGUGUGUGUGUGUGUGUGUGUGUGUAGGUAUGCUGGUCGUGGGCCAGCAGCAGCUCCAGCUACUGGGAACAAAGCAGCUCACCUG